AGAGCUGCUGCUGUUGUUGCUGGAAGCCACCUGCUGCUGCCUCCGCCUCAUCUUCCAGCUCCAAGCUGCACCUCCCUUUCUGUCUUCGGGAAUCCUCCGAUCUCCUCCUCGCAUUUUAAACACCCAAAGUACCACACCAAGCGGACGCAGAGCUGGACCUCUUCACGCAGGCUCCAACGCACAUUUUUACGCAUGGAAUGACGCGCUCCUUUCUUCCCAGAGGAUCGUGCGAAUUCCACCUCCGGUUGCAUGCUGCCAUCCAAAGCAACCCCAUCAUGACUGAAAAGGAGUGUGCAUUGUGACCCCUGGACCUGCCUGCUGAACGUCAUGGGAUGUGGCACCUCUGUUGCCAUUGAAACACAAAUGAAGCCGUUAAAAGUCCCAGCCCAGCUCUGACGAUAAAGGCGGCUGUUCUGAUUCAGCGAUGGUACCGGCGCUACAUGGCCCGGCUGGAGAUAAGACGGAGGUACACCUGGAACAUCUUCCAGUCCAUUGAAUAUGCCGGGGAACAGGACCAGCUGCAGCUGUCCAGUUUCUUCACUUACAUGUUGGACAACUUCACCCAGCUUCAUGGAAGCGGACCCGACUUGAUCUCCCAGCUGCUGGACCCUGUCAUUGACCCCUGGUUGGAUAGGGAGACCUGCUACAAAACGAUCUCCAUCCCAGAGUCUUACACCGGACCUCGUAUUUCCUUUCCUCUUUCUGUCUCUGAUACAAACGCCCUCCUCCGUGCAUUCAAGGAGCAGCAGAUUCUACAUGCCAGGUAUGUCCUGCAGCUGCUGUACGAGACCAAAAAGCUCCUCAAACAGAUGCCAAAUGUUGUCCAUUUGUCAACAUCCUAUACCAAGGAAAUCACCAUAUGUGGCGACCUGCACGGCCGGCUGGAUGAUUUACUGCUGAUAUUCUACAAGAAUGGACUACCUUCUGCUGACACACCCUACAUCUUUAAUGGAGACUUUGUGGAUCGUGGGAAAAAGUCCAUAGAGGUGGUGAUCCUCCUGUUUGCUUUUCUUCUGCUUUACCCCGACCACAUGCACCUGAACCGAGGAAACCACGAGGAUCACAUCAUGAACCUCAGGUAUGGAUUCACAAAAGAAGUUAUGCAGAAGUAUAAGACCCAUGGCCGUGAGAUCCUCCAGCUGUUUCAGGACGUUUUCAGCCUUUUGCCCAUCGCGACUGUCAUUGAUGCAAAGAUUCUAAUCGUACACGGAGGAGUUUCAGACCAAACUGACCUUGAAUUGCUCAGUUCCAUAGAGAGGCACAAGGUGAAAUCUGCCCUGAGGUUUCCCAGACGCAGUUUGGAGCAGCUCGACAUUGGUCAGUCCCACCGACUGGGCAAAAGAUUGAGAUCGACAGACGGCUCUCGUCCCAGCAGCAGUCGCAGCAUCUAUGAGAGCCACAGAACCCCCAGUCUGAGAAAAAGGAGAUGCAAGCUCAGCCGACAAGACAGCGGUGCCUCUACUUCCUCCUCAUCCUCUUCGUCGUCCUGUUCUUCACUCUGCUCUCCUCGAACUCCCUCUUGCAUCUCACCCCAAACAUACCCAUCGUCUCCCAGCACGCCUUAUAAUGUGCUCCAGGUGCCUUUCCUGGACUCUCUCUCCUCUGUUCCACUUCCAUCGCCUCCACAGCAGGAACUGGAAUGAAAACAGAUUGUGGACAUAUUGUGGAGUGACCCUAAAAGUCAAGAAGGCUGCAGCCCCAACACGUUCAGAGGCGGAGGCUGCUACUUCGGCCCCGAUGUUACUCGUAGAUUGCUGCACCAGCACGGACUGCAGCUGCUCAUCCGCUCCCAUGAGUGCAAACAGGAGGGCUAUGAGAUCUGUCACAACGGACAGGUGAUCACCAUUUUCUCAGCUUCAAACUACUAUGAGGAGGGAAGCAACCGUGGCGCUUACAUCAAACUGGGCAAGGAGCUGAUUCCUCGCUUCUAUCAGUACCAAGUCAGCCGUACAACCCGGAGGCUUACGCUGACACAGAGAGUUUGUGCAGCUGAAGGCUCCGCUCUCAGGGCUCUAAAGGAGAAACUGUUCGCCCAUCGAUCUGAGUUGAUGACAGGCUUCCAGCAGUACGACCCCAAUGCAACCGGUUGUGUGUCAGUCGGCGAAUGGGCCAAGGUACUGGCGUCUGUUCUAAGACUGGACUUACCCUGGCGGACACUUCGUCCACAUUUAGUCCAUCUGGCACCAGAUGGCAGCGUUGAGUAUCAGUCUUGCUUUGAGGAUGUGGGAACAGGAGCUCAUCUGCCUCAGGUCGCUCCCAAUUUGGCCGAAACUCUCUUCAGAUACAGGACAGACAUCGAGAUAAUUUUCAACAUCAUAGACAAAGAUCAUUCAGGUCUGAUCUCCAUCGAGGAGUUUCGCCACACCUGGCGCCUUUUCAGCGCUCACCUGGGGGUGGCUAUUGACGACAGAGCCAUCGAUGAGCUGGCCCGCAGCAUUGACUUCAACAAGGACGGCAGCAUAGACUUCACAGAGUUCCUGGAGGCCUUCAGAGUGGUGCACAAGCUGGACAUUAAGGAUCAUCAGCUCAGUGAAAAGAUGGACAAAGAGAAAUGUGCAUGAAAACAGGGAAACAUAAAAAGGGCCGGGUAAGAAGAGACGUGUUAUAUCCCGUCUACCAUUGAACAGUGACUAUGUACAGUUUCUUAGAUGUAUUACUUGAUUCUGUUGAUUGCUGCCACCGACUCUUGUUGGCUGCUUUUUUAUUAACGCCUUUAAAUAAAAUGUAAAAUACCUUUUGAAAUACAGUACAUGCAAAACAAAUAUACUUUUUAUGUUUUAAAGUUGAUUAUUAUCAAAUUAUUAUCUAUGUAUAAAACUCAAACUUGACCCUGUCCCUGAAAAAAAGUCACUAUGAUAAUUUUAUUCAGGGUUUCAAGCUUUCCUAUGGUUCAUAUGGAUUUUCUCAGUGUAGUUUCACAAGUUUGUUCAGUAUUUAUCUGAAUAAUGUGCAAAUGUAUUCAAGCUUUCUUAAUGCUAUGAUUUUCUUGACUAUUUUUUUUUCAUUGAUUAACUGUAAACAGAUGUAUAUCUUGUUUAUAUUUAUUAUUUUAUUUAUACCUUUCCAUAAUCGCUGUAUUACUUCUUAAGAGAAAAAAAGAUAUUGUAUUAUACAUAAUUGAGGGGAAAAUGCAUAUAAACAUACAGUCUAAUACAAUUUUAAAUGCAACCUGAGAAAUUCAUUUAAGCAGGUUCAAGGUGUUGGUUUGAAUCUUCUUUUUUUGUUGGCUGUUAAGUAGUGUGCAGCAUCUGUAGUUUUCCACAAAAAAAACAACUAAAAUCUGCAAAAAUUAUAGACUUUUGUUAUUGUUUUUCUCAGUAUUACAAAGUUGCAAUUCAGCUCAUAUCACGUUUCCCACAAAUUAAUAAAAUAGCUUUUCUUUAUACCAA